GAGACAUCGCGGGAGCCGUGCCCCCAUCGCAUCAUCGACGACGCGGGCGGCGCCUUCGGGAUGGGCGUGGUGGGGGGCUCCAUCUUCCACUAUAUGAAGGGCAUGUACAACUCCCCGAACGGCUACCGCUUGUCCGGCGGGGUUCAGGCCAUGCGCAUGAACGCUCCGCGCGUCGGCGGGAGCUUCGCCGCGUGGGGCUGCCUCUUCUCCACGUUCGACUGCGCCAUGGUCUACGCGCGCCAGAAGGAGGACCCCUGGAACUCUAUCGCCGCCGGCGCCGCAGCCGGCGGUUUCCUUGCCAUGCGGGGCGGCCUCUUUGCUUCUGCCAGAUCCGCAAUGGUUGGCGGCGCCCUCCUCGCCCUCAUCGAGGGCGCGGGCAUCAUGCUGAACCGCGUGUUGGUGGAAGUUCCGCCGCCGCCGCCGCCCCCUGGCAUGGAUCCGGCCGAGGUACCAGGGCAAGGGCAAGGGCCAGCACCGCCCAUGGGAUUCACUUUCCCUGGGAUGCCGCAGCCUCGGCCGGUUGUGGUCGAUGAGGUCCCGGUAACUGGAUCCGGGGGCUCUGGUGGAUGGCUGGGGGGCUUGUUUGGUAAGAAUAAGGACGAUAAGGUGGCUGGUGAUCGCAAGUCGGAGGUGUUGGAGAGCUUCGAUACGCCCAGCCCGCCAAUGCCAUCCUUCGACUACAAGUGA